AAGUCAGUGAAUAAUUAGCAUUAACAGUGCAAAAUAACAAUGGAGAAUAUUCAAAAGCAUUGUACCUGUACAUGCAGUUGGCUGGAAUAUGUAUAUGUAAGUUUAUCAUUAUCUUCACGUUAAUAUUCCUCGAAAAAUACUGUAGGGAAAAUGCUAUAGUAUUUGUCUACCCUAGGGAGGGAACAUAAAUUAUCACCCGGGCCAAAGGUGAGGUCAAUAAGCACGUAGUUGAUCGAAAAAAAUUCUAAUAAUUGUUCUAAAUUGAAUCGACUACCUAACCUAACCUAACCUUGCAUCAAUCCCCACUUGACUUGCGUAGUACGCGUCUCACCGUGUUAUGUGUUUUCGUUCGGUAAAAAAAAUCACAAUCACAUGAUCGAGUAGUGUUAGCGCAACCAGUGGCAACCAGUCUCGUCGAUUCAAAUGGAACUUGUCAACAAUCGUCCAUUAUUGACUGAAAAAUUAAUCACUCAGUGACUUGACUUAAACUAAAAUGCGGUCUUGACAGUGGACGAUGAGGUGCUUUCGUCAGUCCAUUUCUCCAAUAACAACCCUCCACGAUCUAAAGACCAAAAAAAUAACCUCUCAUUUCACCGGGGAGCUUCCAAGAAUAUCUGUAAGUCCAGCCAAACUCAAAUUUCUCUUCUAAAUCAAUUAAACAAAAGUGCAAACAGACGAACAAAGUGGUAAAAUCCAGUGGAAAUGAAUUUUCGGAAAAAUCUCUGGCCAAAAACUGCCGGUGAUGCUGCAUCGAUAGUGUUCCUCCUGAUAAUUGUUCCAGUGAUAUAUUGGUUCGAACUCUGGGUGGUUCUUCCACAGCUCUUCCCCUCAGGAUCUCUCCUCUAUCUCUUUCAUUUCACCCUGGGGACAUUCAUCCUUAUAAACAUCGUCGGCAACUUCACGUACACUGUUCUUUGCGACACAAGCACGAGAUCACUGAUUCUUCCAUGGGGCAAAGGAAAGAUGAAAGAAGGCUGGAGAUUCUGUGUAUCUUGCGAGGCCAUGGCUCCCCCUCGAUCCUGGCAUUGUCAGACGUGCGAUAUCUGCAUCCUGAAGCGGGAUCACCACUGUGUAUUCACGGGAUGCUGCAUCGGCCACUUCAAUCAUCGAUAUUUCCUCAUGUUUGUGCUAUACUUAUUCAUCGCGACGGUCUACAGCUUUUAUUAUAACAAUUACUUCAUCUGGGGAAGAAUUGAAUUUCAGUUCCCCAUGUCCAUUGUUAAAUUGAUUUUUCCACUGGCCUCAUUCGCUUUUGGAUUGGACUAUUCCACGGAUCAGCUGUAUCUCAUGCUCUACGUUAUUUCAAUCGUGGGAAUGGGUUUCACUGGGACACUUUCUGUUUAUCAUUUUCAACUGGUAUUUACUGGGGCCGUUGCCCAUGAACGAGUUAAGAAGAAUUCGAAGUACGAUUUAGGGUGGAGAGAGAACGUGAAGAACGUCUUUGGAGAACGAUGGUAUCUCACGUGGAUUUUACCCUAUUUUGAAUCCAAACUCGUUGGAGAUGGAAUCACUUGGAGGACAGCAGACUCAGAGAAUAAGAAUUGGAAGGGGAAGUGAAGAAGUUUUGAGGCCUGCAAGUUUUGUUAGAAAUCUAUUUGCUUGGACGUAUCAAUGGGGUGGAUUAUCAUGGGGGUUUCGAAACAGUUUUUCGGAAUAAUAGUUACGGCCAUUCAGGAAGUUUUUUUGGGAAGAACGAUAAUGGAGAAGAACUUUUCAGGUCACAAGUGAUUUACAGGCAAUGGCUAUAAUUGGAAGAAAUUCCAGUUUUCAAAUUAGCAUUCUACUUUUUAUAUUUUAAAUCCAUUCCAUGAAUAACUCAAUACAGGGUUAACAUUUAAAAAAUUGUGAGAUAGAUCCCUUUUAUCGUAACCUUCUCUAUUUUUCGAAGUGUUUUCGGGAAUAUCUAGAUGGGUCAUAAGUGGGACUAUCAGGUGAAGUGUUUUCAAGUGUCGUAUUUGUAAAUAAAGACUUAAAGAAUUAUACCAAAAGUUAUUGUAGAAUCAAGUGUUGAGUGCUUAUGCUAUAAAGUUUAUGUCAAUUAACGUUUAUGUAAAUAACAUGUAAGUUAUUAACUAAUUCAUACUGUAAAUGUAGGAAAGAGUGGGCGAAAAUGAAAUGUCGUCAAUAAGUAGAGCCCAACCAUUCCCUUUUGCCCCACUGUUGUCUAUCGUUCAAUUUUAAUUUUUCCAUCAAGUAUUCAGUGAAGCAAAUAAAUGGAAACAUGGAA